AUGGCUUCGUCCGAGCCAGAGCUGGAGGUGACUCGCUUGCCAGCCUUGGGAUGUGAAGCGGCAGCAGCAACAGCAAAAGAAGAAGAGAAAAAGCCUGAAGGAAUUGACAGAAUUGACCAGAGGAACGGAGUAGCCGAGCUGGAGACGCCAGCGGAAGAGGAUAUGGCAGUGGAUGGUAAAUCAAUGAGGGCAACUUCGCUUUGUGAAGAGGAAAGGGGAAGUGUCUGCUGUGCAGCGAGGCAGCGUAUCAGUUUAUACUCCACUGCUGUGAAAGUUCCUAUCAAUAAACGUCGAGGCUUCUUAGGACAUCUCACGCUGCUGCCAGAGGUUGAGGACCCAAAAAAAUAUCCUCGUAAAACGAAAUGGCUGAUCACAAUGAUUAUCGCUCUUGCAGCCGCGGGGGCGCCUAUCAGCAGUGCUAUAUUUUUCCCUUCCCUUGGCGAAAUUGCGUCUUCACUCCACACAACCCCCACUGUCGCCAACCUUUCUGUUGCGCUAUUCAUGCUGAGCAUGGCCAUAUUCCCUUUGUGGUGGUCCUCGUUCAGUGAAACCUUCGGUCGUCGCUCAAUAUACAUCAUUUCAUUCAUUCUAUUCGCCGUAUUCAACAUCCUAUCCGCCAUAGCGACCAAUAUAGAAAUGCUUAUUGUCAUGAGGCUAUUGAGUGGCGGAGCCGCAGCUUCAGUUCAGGCAAUUGGGGCGGGGACAAUUUCAGACAUUUGGGAAUCACGAGAGAGAGGUCAAGCAAUGGGUAUUUUCUACCUGGGACCGCUCUGCGGACCUUUAUUCGCCCCAAUCAUUGGUGGAAUAAUGUCGCAGGCCUGGGGUUGGAGGAGCACACAGUGGUUUGUGACGAUUUACGGAGGAGCUGCGCUAGUCAUGAUCCUUUUUGGUCUCCCAGAGACCCUAGUUGUGCGAAGGAACCUAACGGCUGAGGUAGAACCGGAGGUUGAGUUGAUUCGUCCUCUCAGCCGGGUGUCUACACGACAAGUUGUUCAAAGCACUGCCAGAUGGCUAAAGAUCAGCAAAAUCGCCAUCAUUGAUCCACUUAAGAUCUUGCUUUUCCUACGCUUUCCGGCCGUUCUUUUGACCGUGCUCUAUGCCAGCAUCACAUUUGCGUCAUUAUAUGUGCUGAACAUCAGUAUUCAAUCUACUUUCAGCAAGGCGCCGUACAACUUCUCGACAUUGAUUGUUGGAUUACUGUAUAUUUCGCAUUCAGUUGGUUAUGUAAUUUCCAGUGUGGUCGGCGGUAUGUGGAUGGAUUCUAUAAUGCAACGUGAGGCCAAAAAAGCGAAUAGGGUGGAUGAGAACGGAAUGCUCAUCUACCGCCCAGAGGAUAGGAUGCGAGAGAAUGCUUGGCUUGCUGCUUUCAUCUAUCCAGCAGAAUUUAUGCCCAAUCGAUCGGCCUCAAGCGUUGCUGUGAAUAAUUUCGUGCGCAAUGCCUUCGCAUGUAUUGGAGGCAUCAUUGCCGCUCCGGCCCUUGAGGCUCUCGGGAAUGGCGUGCUAUUCACAAUCAUCGCCUGUGCGGCAUUUUGUGGGGCAUCGGUAAUUUGGGCAAUGAAGCGGUUCGGUCCGCGAUGGCGGAUUGCCAUGGAGGCAAGUAUGAAUUAA